CCCUGCAGCUCCAGGGACCUGCAGCCAUGGGUGCCCUGUGGAGCUGGUGGAUACUCUGGGCUGGAGCAACCCUCCUGUGGGGAUUGACCCAGGAGGCUUCAGUGGACCUCAAGAACACUGGCAGGAACGAAUUCCUCACAGCCUUCCUGCAGAACUAUCAGCUGGCCUACAGCAAGGCCUACCCCCGCCUCCUUAUGUCCAGUCUGUCAGAGAGCCCCGCUUCUGUCUUCAUCCUCAGCCAGGCAGACAAAACCUCACACAACGUCACAGUGAGGCCCGGGGAGUCAGUCAUGGUCAACAUUAGUGCCAAGGCUGAGAUGAUAGGCAGCAAGAUCUUCCAGCACGCGGUGGUGAUCCACUCUGACCAUGCUAUCUCUGUGCAGGCACUAAAUGCCAAGCCCGACACAGCGGAGCUGACACUGCUGCGGCCCAUCCAGGCCCUGGGCACCGAGUACUUUGUGCUCACACCCCCUGGCACCUCAGCCAGGAAUGUCAAGGAGUUUGCCGUGGUGGCCGGUGCCACAGGUGCCUCGGUCAGUGUCACGCUGAAGGGGUCAGUGACAUUCAAUGGCAAGUUCUAUCCAGCUGGCGAUGUCCUAAGUGUGACUCUAGAGCCCUACAAUGUGGCCCAGCUACAGAGCUCAGUGGAUCUCUCAGGGUCAAAGGUCACAGCUAGUAGCCCCGUGGCUGUCCUCUCUGGCCACAGCUGUGCCCAGAAACAUACGACCUGUAACCAUGUGGUCGAGCAGCUGCUACCCACAUCUGCCUGGGGCACCCACUAUGUAGUACCCACGCUGGCCUCCCAGUCCCGCUAUGAUUUGGCCUUCGUCGUGGCCAGCCAGACCACAAAGCUGACCUAUAACCAUGGGGGUAUCACUGGCUCCCGUGGGCUCCAGGCAGGUGAUGUGGUAGAGUUUGAGGUUCUGCCAUCCCGGCCACUCUACCUGUCUGCAAAUGUGGGCAUCCAGGUCCUGCUGUUUGGCACAGGUGCCAUAAGGAAUGAGGUGACUUAUGACCCCUACCUGGUCCUGAUCCCAGAUGUGGCGGCCUACUGCCCUGCCUAUGUGGUCAAGAGUGUACCGGGCUCUGAGGGCGUGGCCCUGGUGGUGGCACAGACAAAGGCUAUCAGCGGGCUGACCAUAGAUGGGCAUGCAGUGGGGGCCAAGCUCACCUGGGCGGCUGUGCCAGGCAGUGAGUUCUCGUAUGCUGAAGUGGAGCUCGGCACGGCUGACAUGAUCCACACGGCCGAGGCCACCACCAACUUCGGGCUGCUCACCUUCGGGCUGGCCAAAGCUACAGGCUACGCAACAGCAGCUGAUUGCGGUCGGACUGUGGUGUCCCCAGCGAAGCCCUCCUGCGAAGGCGUGCAGUGCGCAGCUGGGCAGCGCUGCCAGGUGGCAGGCGGGAAAGCCCAGUGUGUGGCGGAGUCCACCGCUGUCUGUCGCGCCCAGGGCGACCCCCAUUACACCACCUUCGACGGCCGUCGCUACGACAUGAUGGGCACCUGUUCGUACACGAUGGCGGAGCUGUGCGGCGACGACGACACCCUGCCUGCCUUCAGCGUGGAGGCCAAGAACGAGCACCGGGGCAGCCGCCGCGUCUCCUACGUGGGCCUCGUCACUGUGCACGCCUACAGCCACUCCGUGUCGCUGACCCGCGGGGAAGUUGGCUUCGUCCUAGUUGACAAACAGCGCUCGCGCCUGCCAGUCUCCCUGAGUGAGGGCCGCCUGCGUGUGUACCAGAGCGGACCACGGGCCGUGGUGGAGCUGGUCUUUGGGCUGGUGGUCACUUACGACUGGGACUGCCAGCUGGCACUCAGCCUGCCCGCGCGCUUCCAAGACCAGGUGUGCGGGCUGUGUGGCAAUUAUAAUGGUGACCCAGCAGACGACUUCCUCCUACCUGAGGGGGAUCUGGCUCCUGACGCCGUGGAGUUCGCAAGUAGCUGGAAGCUGGAUGAUGGGGACUACCUGUGUGAGGAUGGCUGCCAGAACAACUGUCCCGCCUGCACCCCAGGCCAGGCCCAACACUAUGAGGGCGACAGACUCUGUGGCAUGCUGACCAAGCUUGAUGGCCCCUUCGCUGUCUGCCAUGGCACCCUGGACCCCAGGUCCUUCCUGGAGCAGUGUGUAUAUGACCUGUGUGUGGUCGGUGGGGAGCGGCUUAGUCUGUGCCGUGGCCUCAGCGCCUAUGCCCAGGCCUGUCUGGAGCUUGGCAUCUCAGUUGGGAACUGGAGACCUCUAGCCAACUGCCCCCUGUCCUGCCCAGCCAACAGCCGCUAUGAGCUCUGCGGCCCUGCCUGCCCGGCCUCCUGCAACGAGGCUGCGGCGCCCUCCAACUGCUCUGGGCGCCCCUGCGUAGAGGGCUGCGUGUGCCUCCCGGGCUUCGUGGCCAGCGGCGGCGCCUGCGUGCCGGCCUCGUCGUGUGGCUGCACCUUCCAGGGUCUCCAGCUCGCUCCAGGCCAGGAGGUGUGGGCGGACAAGUCGUGCCGAAGGCGCUGCACCUGCAACGGCGCCACCCAUCAGGUGACCUGCCGCGACACACAGGGCUGCCCGGCGGGUGAGAUCUGCAGCGACCAGAACGGCCUCCUGGGCUGCUACCCCAAUCGCUUCGGGACCUGUCAGGGGUCCGGGGACCCACACUAUGUGAGCUUCGACGGCCGGCGCUUCGACUUCAUGGGCACCUGCACGUACCUGCUGGUCGGCUCAUGCGGCCAGAACGCAGCACUGCCCGCCUUCCGGGUGCUGGUGGAAAAUGAGCAUCGGGGGAGCCAGACUGUGAGCUACACGCGCGCCGUGCGGGUGGAGGCCCGCGGGGUGAAGGUGGUGGUGCGCCGGGAGUACCCCGGGCAAGUGCUGGUGGAUGACGUCCUUCAGUACCUGCCCUUCCAAGCAGCAGAUGGGCAGGUGCAGGUGUUCCGCCAGGGCAGGGACGCCGUCGUGCGCACGGACUUUGGUCUGACUGUCACCUACAACUGGGAUGCACGAGUGACUGCCAAGGUGCCCAGUAGCUAUGCUGAGGCCCUGUGUGGACUCUGUGGGAACUUCAAUGGGGACCCAGCUGAUGACCUGGCUCUGCGGGGUGGGGGUCAAGCUGCCAAUGCACUGGCUUUUGGGAACAGCUGGCAAGAAGAGACGAGGUCUGGCUGUGGAGCAACUGAACCUGGUGAUUGUCCCAAGCUGGACUCCCUGGUGGCCCAGCAGCUGCAGAGCAAGAAUGAGUGUGGAAUCCUUGCGGACCCCCAGGGGCCCUUCCGAGAGUGCCACAGCAAGCUGGACCCUCAGGGUGCCGUGCGUGACUGUGUGUAUGACCGCUGCCUGCUGCCAGGCCAGUCUGGGCCACUAUGUGACGCAUUGGCCACCUAUGCUGCUGCAUGCCAGGCUGCUGGAGCCACAGUGCACCCCUGGAGGAGUGAAAAACUUUGCCCACUGAGCUGUCCACCCAACAGCCACUAUGAGGCGUGUUCCUACGGCUGCCCGCUGUCCUGUGGAGACCUCCCAGUGCGCGGAGGCUGUGGCUCCGAAUGCCAUGAGGGCUGCGUGUGCGAUGAGGGCUUUGCGCUCAGUGGUGAGUCCUGCCUGCCUCUGGCCUCCUGUGGCUGCGUACACCAGGGCACCUACCACCCACCAGGCCAGACCUUCUACCCUGGCCCCGGGUGUGAUUCCCUUUGCCACUGCCAGGAGGGCGGCCUAGUAUCCUGUGAGCCCUCCAGCUGCGGCCCGCACGAGGCCUGCCGGCCAUCCGGUGGCAGCUUGGGCUGUGUGGCCGUGGGCUCUGCCACCUGCCAGGCGUCGGGAGACCCCCACUACACCACCUUCGAUGGCCGCCGCUUCGACUUCAUGGGCACCUGCGUGUAUGUGCUGGCUCAGACCUGCGGCACCCGGCCUGGCCUGCAUCAGUUUGCCGUCCUGCAGGAGAACGUGGCCUGGGGUAAUGGGCGAGUCAGUGUGACCAGGGUGAUCACGGUCCAGGUGGGAAACUUCACCCUGCGGCUGGAGCAGAGACAGCGGAAGGUCACGGUGAACGGUGUGGACAUGAAGCUGCCCGUGGUGCUGGCCAAUGGCCAGAUCCGAGCCUCCCAGCAUGGUUCAGACGUUGUGAUUGAGACCGACUUCGGCCUGCGUGUGGCCUACGACCUUGUGUACUAUGUGCGGGUCACCAUCCCCGGAAACUACUACCAGCAGAUGUGUGGCCUGUGUGGGAACUACAACGGCGACCCCAAGGAUGACUUCCAGAAGCCCAACGGCUCGCAGGCAGGCAACGCCAAUGACUUUGGCAACUCCUGGGAGGAGGCAGUACCUGGCUCUCCCUGCCUGCCACCACCCACCUGCCCGCCAGGGAGCGAGGGCUGCGACACCAGCAAGUGUCCUCCCGAGCAGGAGAAGAAGUAUCAGAAGGAGGAGUUCUGUGGGCUCCUCUCCAGCCCCACAGGGCCGCUGGCCUCCUGCCACAAGCUGGUGGAUCCCCAGGGUCCCUUGCAAGAUUGCAUCUUUGAUCUCUGCCUGGGUGGUGGGAACCUGAGCAUUCUCUGCAGCAACAUCCAUGCCUAUGUGAGUGCUUGCCAGGCGGCUGGAGGCCACGUGAAGCCCUGGAGGACGGAAACUUUCUGUCCCAUAAAGUGCCCAGCGAACAGCCACUACAAGCUCUGCGCGGACACCUGCUCCCUGGGCUGCGCGGCUCUCAGUGCCCCUCUGCAGUGCCCAGAUGAGUGUGCUGAAGGCUGCCAGUGUGACGCCGGCUUCCUCUACAACGGUGAAGCCUGCGUGCCCAUCCAGCAGUGCGGCUGCUACCACAAUGGUGUCUACUAUGAGCCGGAGCAGACAGUCCUCAUUGACGACUGUCGGCAGCAGUGUACGUGCCAUGCGGGUAAAGGUGUGCUGUGCCAGGAACACAGCUGCAAGCCGGGGCAGGUGUGCCAGCCCUCCGGAGGCGUCCUAAGCUGCAUCACCAAAGGAGAGAGAGGGAGGCAGAGGGCCAGAGCUGGGGCCGUAACACCUCCAGUGACCCGUUUGACUUCUUCCUCCUUCCCCAAGGUGAACGGUGUGCUGACAGCGUUGCCUGUCUCCGAGGCCAACGGGCGGAUUUCAGUGACCCACGGUGCAUCCAAGGCACUGCUGGUGGCUGACUUUGGACUGCAAGUCAGCUAUGACUGGAAUUGGCGGGUAGAUGUGACGCUGCCCAGCAGCUAUCAUGGCGCAGUGUGCGGGCUCUGUGGUAACAUGGACCGCAACCCCAGCAAUGACCAGGCCUUCCCUAAUGGCACCCUGGCUCCCUCCAUACCCAUCUGGGGCGGCAGCUGGCGAGUCCCAGGCUGGGACCCACUGUGUUGGGACAUAUGUCCGGGGUCCUGCCCAACGUGCCCUGAGGACAAGUUGGAACAGUUCGAGGGCCCUGGCUUUUGCGGACCCCUGGUCCCUGGCACAGGGGGCCCCUUCGCCACCUGCCAUGCUCAUGUGCCACCUGAGAGCUUCUUCAAGGGCUGUGUCCUGGACGUCUGCAUGGGUGGUGGGGCCCACGACAUUCUUUGCAAGGCACUGGCUUCCUACGUGGCCGCCUGCCAGGCCGCUGGGGUUGUCAUCGAAGACUGGCGGGCACAGGUCGGCUGUGAGAUCACCUGCCCAGAAAACAGCCACUACGAGGUCUGCGGCCCACCCUGCCCGGCCAGCUGUCCGUCCCCUGCGCCCCCUGCAACCCCAGCCGUAUGCAAGGGUCCCUGUGUGGAAGGCUGCCAGUGUGACGCGGGUUUCGUGCUAAGUGCUGACCGCUGUGUUCCCCUAAACAACGGCUGCGGCUGCUGGGCCAACGGCACCUACCACGAGGCGGGCAGUGAGUUUUGGGCUGAUGGCACCUGCUCCCACAGGUGCCGCUGCGGGCCUGGGGGCGGCUCGCUGGUCUGCACACCUGCCAGCUGUGGGCUGGGUGAAGUGUGUGGCCUCCUGCCAUCCGGCCAGCGCGGCUGCCAGCCCGUCAGCACAGCUGAGUGCCAGGCCUGGGGUGACCCCCAUUAUGUCACUCUGGAUGGGCACCGAUUCGAUUUCCAAGGCAACUGCGAGUACCUGCUGAGUGCACCCUGCCACGGACUACCCUCCGGGGCUGCGAACUUCACUGUCACUGUAGCCAAUGAGCACCGGGGCAGCCAGGCUGUCAGCUACACCCGCAGUGUCACCCUGCAAAUUUACAACCACAGCCUGACACUGAGUGCCCGCUGGCCCCGGCAGCUACAGGUGGACGGCGUGUUCGUGGCUCUGCCCUUCCAUCUGGAUUCGCUGCUGCACGCACACCUGAGCGGCGCCGACGUGGUGGUGACCACAACCUCAGGGCUCUCGCUGACUUUCGAUGGGGACAGCUUCGUGCGCCUGCGCGUGCCGGCGGCGUACGCGGGCGCUCUCUGUGGCUUAUGCGGGAACUACAACCAGGACCCCGCAGACGACCUGAAGGCUGUGGACGGGAAGCCUGCUGGAUGGCAGGUGGGCGGCGCCCCGGGCUGCGGAGAAUGUGUGUCUGGGCCAUGCCCUUCGCAGUGCACCCCAGAGCAGCAGAAGUCCUUCGGCGGCCCGGACGCCUGCGGCGUGAUCUCCGCCACCGACGGUCCGCUGGCGCCCUGCCACGGCCUUGUGCCGCCCGCGCAGUACUUCCAGGGCUGCUUGCUGGACGCCUGCCAAGUUCAGGGCCAUCCUGGAGGCCUCUGUCCUGCAGUGGCCGCCUACGUGGCAGCUUGUCAGGCCGCUGGGGCCCAGCUCGGCGAGUGGAGGCGGCCGGACUUCUGUCCCUUCCAGUGUCCUGCCCACAGCCACUACGAGCUCUGCGGUGACUCCUGCCCCGUGAGCUGCCCGAGCGUCUCGGCCCCCGAGGGCUGUGAGUCGGCCUGCCGUGAAGGCUGUGUCUGCGAUGCUGGCUUCGUGCUCAGUGGUGACACCUGUGUACCUGUGGGCCAGUGUGGCUGCCUCCACGAUGACCGCUACUACCCGCUGGGCCAGACCUUCUACCCUGGCCCUGGGUGUGAUUCCCUUUGCCACUGCCGAGAGGGUGGCCUGGUAUCCUGUCAACCCUCCAGCUGCGGCCCGCACGAGACCUGCCGGCCAUCCGGUGGCAGCUUGGGCUGUGUGGCCGUGGGCUCUGCCACCUGCCAGGCGUCGGGAGAUCCCCACUACACCACCUUCGAUGGCCGCCGCUUCGACUUCAUGGGCACCUGCGUGUAUGUGCUGGCUCAGACCUGCGGCACCCGGCCUGGCCUGCAUCGGUUUGCCGUCCUGCAGGAGAACGUGGCCUGGGGUAAUGGGCGAGUCAGUGUGACCAGGGUGAUCACGGUCCAGGUGGGAAACUUCACCCUGCGGCUGGAGCAGAGACAGCGGAAGGUCACGGUGAACGGUGUGGACAUGAAGCUGCCCGUGGUGCUGGCCAACGGCCAGAUCCGAGCCUCCCAGCAUGGUUCAGACGUUGUGAUUGAGACCGACUUCGGCCUGCGUGUGGCCUACGACCUUGUGUACUAUGUGCGGGUCACCAUCCCCGGAAACUACUACCAGCUGAUGUGUGGUCUGUGUGGGAACUACAACGGCGACCCCAAGGAUGACUUCCAGAAGCCCAACGGCUCACAGGCUGGCAACGCCAAUGACUUCGGCAACUCCUGGGAGGAGGCGGUGCCCGGCUCUCCCUGCCUGCCGCCACCCACCUGCCCGCCAGGGAGCGAGGGCUGCGACACCAGCAAGUGUCCUCCCGAGCAGGAGAAGAAGUAUCAGAAGGAGGAGUUCUGUGGGCUCCUCUCCAGCCCCACAGGGCCGCUGGCCUCCUGCCACAAGCUGGUGGAUCCCCAGGGUCCCUUGCAAGAUUGCGUCUUUGAUCUCUGCCUGGGUGGUGGGAACCUGAGCAUUCUCUGCAGCAACAUCCAUGCCUAUGUGAGUGCUUGCCAGGCGGCUGGAGGCCACGUGAAGCCCUGGAGGACAGAAACUUUCUGUCCCAUGAAGUGCCCAGCGAACAGCCACUACGAGCUCUGCGCGGACACCUGCUCCCUGGGCUGCGCGGCUCUCAGUGCCCCUCUGCAGUGCCCAGAUGGGUGUGCUGAAGGCUGCCAGUGUGACGCCGGCUUCCUCUACAACGGUGAAGCCUGCGUGCCCAUCCAGCAGUGUGGCUGCUACCACAAUGGUGUCUACUAUGAGCCGGAGCAAACAGUCCUCAUUGACGACUGUCGGCAGCAGUGUACGUGCCAUGUGCGUAAAGGUGUGUUGUGCCAGGAACACAGCUGCAAGCCGGGGCAGGUGUGCCAGCCCUCCGGAGGCAUCCUGAGCUGCAUCACCAAAGACCCGUGCGACGGUGUGACAUGCCGGCCACAGGAGACGUGCAAGGAGCAGGGUGGCCAGGGCGUGUGCGUGCCCAACUAUGAGGCCACGUGCUGGCUGUGGGGCGACCCACACUACCACUCCUUCGACGGCCGGGCGUUUGACUUCCAGGGCACCUGUAACUAUGUGCUGGCAACAACUGGCUGCCCGGGGGUCAACACCCAGGGCCUGACGCCCUUCACCGUCACCACCAAGAACGAGAACCGGGGCAACCCUGCUGUGUCCUACGUGAGAGUCGUCACUGUGGCUGCCCUGGGCACCAACAUCUCCAUCCACAAGGGCGAGAUCGGCAAAGUCCGGGUGAACGGUGUGCUGACAGCGUUGCCUGUCUCCGAGGCCAACGGGCGGAUUUCAGUGACCCACGGUGCAUCCAAGGCACUGCUGGUGGCUGACUUUGGACUGCAAGUCAGCUAUGACUGGAAUUGGCGGGUAGAUGUGACGCUGCCCAGCAGCUAUCAUGGCGCAGUGUGCGGGCUCUGUGGUAACAUGGACCGCAACCCCAGCAAUGACCAGGUCUUCCCUAAUGGCACCCUGGCUCCCUCCAUACCCAUCUGGGGCGGCAGCUGGCGAGUCCCAGGCUGGGACCCACUGUGUUGGGACGUAUGUCCGGGGCCCUGCCCAACGUGCCCUGAGGACAAGUUGGAACAGUUCGAGGGCCCUGGCUUUUGCGGACCCUUGGUCCCUGGCGCAGGGGGCCCCUUCGCCACCUGCCAUGCUCAUGUGCCACCUGAGAGCUUCUUCAAGGGCUGUGUCCUGGACGUCUGCAUGGGUGGUGGGGCCCACGACAUUCUUUGCAAGGCACUGGCUUCCUACGUGGCCGUCUGCCAGGCCGCUGGGGUUGUCAUCGAAGACUGGCGGGCACAGGUCGGCUGUGAGAUCACCUGCCCAGAAAACAGCCACUACGAGGUCUGCGGCCCACCCUGCCCGGCCAGCUGUCCGUCCCCUGCGCCCCCUGCGAUCCCAGCCGUAUGCGAGGGUCCCUGUGUGGAGGGCUGCCAGUGCGACGCGGGUUUCGUGCUAAGUGCUGACCGCUGUGUUCCCCUAAACAACGGCUGCGGCUGCUGGGCCAACGGCACCUACCACGAGGCGGGCAGUGAGUUUUGGGCUGAUGGCACCUGCUCCCACAGGUGCCGCUGCGGGCCUGGGGGCGGCUCGCUGGUCUGCACACCUGCCAGCUGUGGGCUGGGUGAAGUGUGUGGCCUCCUGCCAUCCGGCCAGCGCGGCUGCCAGCCCGUCAGCACAGCUGAGUGCCAGGCCUGGGGUGACCCCCAUUAUGUCACUCUGGAUGGGCACCGAUUCGAUUUCCAAGGCAACUGCGAGUACCUGCUGAGUGCACCCUGCCACGGACUACCCUCCGGGGCUGCGAACUUCACUGUCACUGUAGCCAAUGAGCACCGGGGCAGCCAGGCUGUCAGCUACACCCGCAGUGUCACCCUGCAAAUCUACAACCACAGCCUGACACUGAGUGCCCGCUGGCCCCGGCGGCUACAGGUGGAUGGCGUGUUCGUGGCUCUGCCCUUCCAGCUGGAUUCGCUGCUGCACGCACACCUGAGCGGCGCCGACGUGGUGGUGACCACAACCUCAGGGCUCUCGCUGACUUUCGAUGGGGACAGCUUCGUGCGCCUGCGCGUGCCGGCGGCGUACGCGGGCGCUCUCUGUGGCUUAUGCGGGAACUACAACCAGGACCCCGCAGACGACCUGAAGGCUGUGGACGGGAAGCCUGCUGGAUGGCAGGUGGGCGGCGCCCCGGGAUGCGGAGAAUGUGUGUCUGGGCCAUGCCCGUCGCCUUGCACCCCAGAGCAGCAGGAGUCCUUCGGCGGCCCGGACGCCUGCGGCGUGAUCUCCGCCACCGACGGCCCGCUGGCGCCCUGCCACUGCCUCGUGCCGCCCGCGCAGUACUUCCAGGGCUGCUUGCUGGACGCCUGCCAAGUUCAGGGCCAUCCUGGAGGCCUCUGUCCUGCAGUGGCCGCCUACGUGGCAGCUUGUCAGGCCGCUGGGGCCCAGCUCGGCGAGUGGAGGCGGCCGGACUUCUGUCCCUUCCAGUGCCCUGCCCACAGCCACUACGAGCUCUGCGGUGACUCCUGCCCCGUGAGCUGCCCGAGCCUCUCAGCCCCCGAGGGCUGUGAGUCGGCCUGCCGUGAAGGCUGUGUCUGCGAUGCUGGCUUCGUGCUCAGUGGUGACACCUGUGUACCUGUGGGCCAGUGUGGCUGCCUCUAUGAUGGCCGCUACUACCCGCUGGGUGAGGCCUUCUACCCGGGCCCUGAGUGUGAGCGGCGCUGUGAGUGUGGGCCAGGUGGCCAUGUCAGCUGCCAGGAGGGCGCGGCCUGUGGGCCCCAUGAGGAGUGCCGGUUAGAGGAUGGUGUCCGGGCCUGUCAUGCCACAGGCUGUGGCCGCUGCCUGGCCAAUGGGGGCAUCCACUAUGUCACCCUUGACGGCCGUGUCUUCGACCUGCAUGGCUCCUGCUCCUAUGUCUUGGCCCAAGUCUGCCAGCCGAAGCCUGGGGAUGAGGACUUCUCCAUCGUGCUUGAAAAGAACGCAGCUGGAGAGCCCCAGCGCCUCCUGGUUACUGUGUCUGGCCAGGUUGUCGGCCUAGCUCAGGGGCAGCAGGUCACCGUGGACGGCGAGGCUGUGGCCCUGCCUGUGGCUGUGGGCCGUGUGCGGGUGACCGCCGAAGGCCGAAACGUGGUUCUGCAGACGACCAAGGGGCUGCGGCUUCUCUUUGAUGGCGAUGCCCAAGUCCUCAUGUCCAUCCCCAGCUCCUUCCGUGGAAGGCUCUGUGGCCUCUGUGGGAACUUCAAUGGCAACUGGAGUGAUGACUUUGUCCUGCCCAAUGGCUUGGCAGCGUCUAGUGUGGAGACCUUCGGGGCUGCAUGGCGGGCGCCCGGCUCCUCCAAGGGCUGUGGCGAGGGCUGCGGGCCCCAAGGCUGCCCCGUGUGCUCGGCAGAGGAGACUGCACCCUAUGAGAGCAACAAGGCCUGCGGGCAGCUCCGGAACCCCCAGGGACCCUUCGCGACCUGCCAGGCUGUGCUGAGUCCCUCUGAGUACUUCCGCCAAUGCGUAUAUGACCUGUGCGCGCAAAAGGGCGACACAGCCUUCCUGUGCCGCAGCCUGGCAGCCUAUACGGCGGCCUGUCAGGCAGCCGGCGUGGCCGUGAAGCCCUGGAGGACAGACAACUUCUGCCCGCUCCAGUGCCCCGCCCACAGCCACUACUCCGUCUGCACACACACCUGCCAGGGCUCCUGUGCGGCUCUCUCUGGCCUCACGGGCUGCACCACCCGCUGUUUUGAGGGCUGCGAGUGUGACGACCGCUUCCUGCUUUCCCAGGGUGUCUGCAUCCCUGUCCAAGAUUGUGGCUGCACCCAUAAUGGCCGAUACUUGCCGGUGAACUCCUCCCUGCUGACCUCAGACUGCAGCAAGCGCUGUUCCUGUUCCUCAAGCUCCGGCCUGACAUGCCAGGCAGCUGGCUGCCCACCAGGCCGCGUAUGCGAGGUCAAGGCUGAAGCCCGGCAGUGCUGGGCUGCCCGUGGUCUCUGUGUCCUGUCUGUGGGUGCCAACCUCACCACCUUUGAUGGGGCCCGUGGUGCCACGACCUCUCCUGGUGUCUAUGAGCUCUCUUCCCGCUGUCCAGGACUACAGAAGACCAUCCCCUGGUACCGUGUGAUUGCUGAAGUCCAGACCUGCCGUGGCAAAACUGAGGCUGUGGGCCAGCUCCACAUCUUCUUCGAGGAUGGGAUGGUGACGGUGACCCCAAACAAGGGUGUGUGGGUGAAUGGUCUCCGAGUGGAUCUUCCAGCUGAGAAGUUAGCAUCUGUGUCCGUGAGUCGUACACCUGAUGGCUCCCUGCUAGUCCGCCAGAAGGCAGGGGUCCAGGUGUGGCUUGGAGCCAAUGGGAAGCUGGCUGUGAUGGUCAGCGGUGACCAUGCUGGGAAACUGUGUGGGGCCUGUGGAAACUUUGACGGAGACCAGACCAAUGAUUGGCGUGACUCCGAGGGGAAGUCAGUGAUGGAGAAAUGGAGAGCACAGGACUUCUCCCCAUGUUAUGACUGAUCAGUUGUCCACCGGGAGUGAAGACUUCCUGAAGAAGACCUGAUCCUCCUGGAGGUUGCAGGGGCUGAAGGAUGCAUCAUGUGCUCCUACCCGGCUCUACCAGUCUUCUGGGUCGCAAAGGCCAAAUGUGAGAGCGUUGAAUAAAUCUCUUAAGCUAAGCUGCA